CUGGCAAUCAACGUCAGCUGUCACUGUCGUCGCGACUUGGGUUAAAAUUGACAUUUGAUAUGGUUCGACAAAUUGACGUUUGAUAACAAGUUGAAUAAUAAAACUAUAAUCAUCGUUUGUUUUUAUAUCGCUCAAAAUUAACAGAAAUCGAAGAGUAGCGAGAAGAAAAGCGUCGUAUCAUGUAGUUUAUUUUACUGCGGAUCUACUCUGUCCUAACCUAAAAGCAUAUACUCCAGAAAAUAUGGUCACUGUAGGUAUUAUGAACACUCUUACACGAUGCCCUGGAUUGUAUUGCGGCAGAGAGUUGCUGCUGGAUGGCAACUGGAGCGAAUGCGGCGCCUGUCCACGUGGUUUCCGAGCCAACGUCUCGUCGGCGUGCAUCCCCUGCGAAGACACACCGAUGUUCUACGACUGGCUUUAUCUGGGCUUCAUGGCUCUGCUGGCUCUGGUGUUACACUGGUUUUGCAUCGACAUGGUGUCCAUGCGCAGGAACAUACCCAAGGAGGUGAUCGCUUUGCACCUGUCCGCUCUGCUGGAAGUAGUACUGUCGUCUAUCAUAGUGCUCCAGCUGACACAUCCCAUUGGAACAUUCAACAUCAAGUCGUGCAGGGCGAAAAAAUUGUCGGAUUGGUAUACAUUGCUGCAUAAUCCCAGUCCCAAUUAUGAAGCAACUCUUCAUUGUACACAGGAGGCGGUUUACCCCUUGUAUACUAUGGUUUUUGUCUUCUAUGCCCUAGGAAUAGCUUUAAUGUUAUUAAUAAGGCCAAUAAUAGCGAAGAAAUUUUUGCCAAAACAGGGAAAGUUCUCUAUUUAUGCUGCAUUGUAUUUUUAUCCAAUUCUUGCAUUACUUCAUGCCGUGGGUGGAGGUCUAAUUUAUUACUCUUUUCCAUAUAUUACCAUCAUUCUGUCAGUUCUGUCAAAUGCGGCGCAUUUUGCUUUUAAAUUGAAUCAGACUGUAAAAUCAUUGUUGUUGAGUUCAGUCUCAAAUGUAAAGAAUGUAAUAGUCAUUCUGGGCCAUUGGUUGUUGCACGGUUACGGCUUGAUAGCGGUCGCAACUCUUCGUGGAGUCAGUAUUCAUCCUGGGAUGUUGGUUCUAGUUGUGCUACCGGCCUUGUUUUACAUCAUAACAGCAAGAUUUACCGAUCCGCACAAACUGCAUAUUGAGUAAAUUCCUUUUCUAAGCAAUCCAUGUAUAUAAAUCGCGCAUAUCGGAAAUUAACGUAUUUAAGUUAUUUAUUAUAGAACAAAAGAUCUUAUGCGCACAUGCGCCUGCAAGUAUACAGAAUUCUUUUUUGAUAAAGAUUUUUCUGUUAAUAAUUAUAAAGCCAUAUUCAGAUUAAACAAAUGGUAUGAAAAGUUGUGAAUGAAUGUAGACAAAUAUUAAUAGUUAUUUAAUUUAUAAAAAUUACGU